AUGGAGCUGUCAGCCAUCGGCGAGCAGGUGUUCGCCGUAGAGAGCAUCCGGAAGAAGCGCGUGCGGAAGGGUAAAGUCGAGUACCUGGUGAAGUGGAAAGGAUGGCCGCCAAAGUACAGCACGUGGGAGCCAGAGGAGCACAUCUUAGACCCGCGCCUGGUCCUGGCCUACGAGGAGAAGUUGACGCGACGGCGACUGACGACGACGGCUGGGACAGCGAGGACUCUGUGCCAGGCGCUGUCCCAGGUGCUGGAGACCCACCCCACCCCGCCCCUCCCGGGGCCCCCACGCCCGUGCGGAGACACCCGUGACAAGGAGGAGAAAGACCGAGCCUCGGGGUAUAGGAAGAGAGGCCCGAAACCCAAGCGGCUGCUGCUGCAGCGCCUGUAUGGCAUGGACCUGCGCAGCUCUCACAAGGCCAAGGGCAGGGAGAAGCUCUGCUUCUCCCUGACGCGCCCACCCGGCAGCGGGAGCCCUGAGGGGGUGGUCAAGGCGGGGGCGCCCGAGCUGGUGGACAAGGGCCCCUUGGUGCCCACCCUGCCCUUCCCGCUCCGCAAACCACGCAAGGCCCACAAGUACCUGCGGCUCUCACGCAAGAAGUUCCCGCCCCGUGGGCCCAGCCUGGAGAGCCCCAGCCAUGGACGGGAGCUCUUCCUGCAGGAGGCCCCGGCCCCGGACGGCCCGCAGGCGGCCGGCGAGUGGGAGCCCGUGGAGCGGCCCCCCGAUGAGGAGGCAGACGCAGACCUGGCCGAUGGGCCCCCUUCCUGGACACCUGCGCUGCCCCCAAGUGCAGUGACCGUGACCGACAUCACCGCCAACUCCGUCACCGUUACCUUCCGAGAGGCCCAGGCGGCCGAAGGCUUCUUCCGAGACCGGGACUGCAGCGGGCAGUUCUGAACCAUCGUUUUCACUGACACUGUUCCUUUCUGACUUGGGU